UCAGUAAAAACACAAAAAGACGCACCUGAGUAUAUGAAAUCUCAAACUAAUCAUUACUCUUCUGCAGGCGGCAGUAAAAAUUUUCAUUCCUCUUCGUCAAAGACUUUUAAGUCUUUAGGAUUUGUAAAUGAGAAAGAUCAGCAGAGCAAGAGAGAGGCUCCUCUCCGAGCACCACAAACAUCCUCAAGUCAAAGCACCAGUUCACCUGCAACAUCCGCAGGAACUCCUCAGUUGGAUAAACAUGGAGCUGUACUUACUCCUGCUGCAGUAGCAAAGGCUGACCACAAGGUGUCAGCAGAGAGCGACACUGCAAAAAGUCAGUUAGGCCCAAGAGUGGCAACAUCAAAUCUGAACCAAGGCUGUUUUAAAGCUGAAACACUCAAAGAGGGAACUGAAAGCAAAGAAAAGCAGAAAAAAAUGGACAGUAAUAUGAGGAAUCAUGUGAAGCAGGGAAAUGACCCUCUUGAUUCAAAACAUAUUGCUACCAAAGAGCUUUUGGUUGCAAUUAAGGAGGAAAAACCUCUGGAAAAAGAUGAGGAUUCAAAAGUAAAAUUGGACCAGAGCAUGAAAACUUUUAGUGGUGAAGAGGGAUAUACUUUACCAAUAAAACAGGAAAGUUCAGAUAAAAAGUAUGAGACAAAAAUAAAGGAAAGCAGUUCAGAAACUGGAGAGAAGAUGGUUUGUAAGGACUCUGUUCCUGAUGAAUCUCCCAUACAUACAUGUGUUAAGGAAACUGGCAGAGGAGCCAAUCAAGACAAAUCGGCCACUGUUGUAAGAACAAUCCGUCAAUCAGGGAAAGAUGUUUAUGCUGAACAAAAAGAGAUUAGAAAGGAUGGCCUUGGAGUUUCUGCUCAAGAAAAACCUUUGGUCAAAGGUUUUUGUUUAAAAAUAAACAAAAACAGAGUGUCUGAAUCUGAAGAUGGACAAAAUUCUGCAAAAGAACAGAGUUUGGAUAAACAAUCUGAGACACAAUCAAAGAUCCUCAGUCCAGAAGCUGGAAAGAGGAUAAGGGAGAUGAUCUGUGAGGACUCUCUUCAAGUUAAAUCUGGUACAAAAACAACUGCCAGACUAGCCAAUCCUGAGCAAACCAAAGAAGACAAUGCAGCCACUAAUAAACCCACCAUUCCCAUGAGAAUGACAAUAACUGAGAAAGACUCUUUGGAUGGAAGAAUGGAUAAUACUCCAAGAAAGAGAAACACUCCCGCCAGAGAUUCACAACAACAAAAUGAAGAGAAAAGCGAAGAAAGGUCCGUCAAAAACAUCCCACCAUCAACCUAUGAGCAGAAAUCACGAGAUAUCUUGGACGUCGUUGAGUUCAACCCUUAUUCCUCUACCUCAGGUCAACAAACCCAUUCAUCUUUGGCAACAUUGACAGAAACUAAUCAGUUGGAGAAAAAAGAAGCAAAUCCAACAGAGGAUACAGUGGUAAAAUCUGAGCUCAAAGUGACUACAGGGAGAAAAUCUGGAAAAAUGGAUUCCGGUUUAGUGGUGGAUCCAUCUGAAAAGAAGUUGGUCAGCAAAGCUGAAACCCGAAAUGAUACAACAAAGAAAGAUCUUUGGGUAUCAGAUACUGUUGGUAGUGAGGUUCAAACAUGCAGUCAGUCAGCAGCUGUUAACAAGCAAGAACAUCUGGGCAAAGAUGAAGGUUCGGCUGUAAAAUCAAGCCAGAGAACUAAAGCGUCUAAAUCUGAGGAUGGAGUAAAUUCAUCAAAAAAAACGGAGACUUCACAGAAUCAAACUGAGACACAAUCAAAAGACAUCAGUGGAGAAAUACAGACAGAGGAAAUGGCUUAUAAGGACUCUGUUCAACAUAAAUCUGGUUUAAGAAGAUGUUUCAGACAAACUACCGAAUUAGCCAGUCAAGACAAAACAAAUGAAAACAAAGCAGCUAGAGGAGGAAAACUUACAGAGUCUGACUCUUUGGUUGAAAGAAAAGAAGAUAAGACUCCAACAAGGAGGAGAAAAACUCCUGGCAGAGAUCCUCAACAACAAAACGAAGAGAAAACUCUAGAAGUGUCUCCUGAAAACGUCUCGUCGAUGACCUGCAACUCCAGAGAGACUCAAGAGGAGGAAAAAGAAGCUGCAACGCCCAGAAGAAGAGGUCGACCCAAAAAGAAAGUCAGACCGGUUCCAGAGAAAACUCUAGAAGUGUCUCCUAAAAACGUCCCGUCGAUGACCUGCAACUCCAGAGAGACUCAAGAGGAGGAGAAAGAAGCUGCAACGCCCAGAAGAAGAGGUCGACCCAAGAAAAAAGUCAGACCAGUUCCAGAGAAAACUCUAGAAGUGUCUCCUAAAAACGUCCCGUCGAUGACUUGCCACUCCAGAGAGACUCAAGAGGAGGAGAAAGAAGCUGCAACGCCCAGAAGAAGAGGUCGACCCAAGAAAAAAGUCAGACCGGUUCCAGUGAGGACACCAACCACAGAGGAGAAGUUAAAUCCUGAUGGAAAGACUCUGGAAAGAUUACAACAUAAACAAAAGAUGGAUCUUUCUGGACCCGAGCCAAAGAGAUCCUGCUCUCCGUUUGCUCUGGUUGCUGCCGGUGUCAGAUGCCCUCCUUAAACAUCUGAGAAGUUUCAAGACGCUCACACAUGAAGCUCUGAACGGCCUUUCUUUCUGAUUGACGACCUUUUUUGGACAAUUUUUAAUCUUUUACACUGGAUGAUGUUUUUUAAGUGUUGCACGUUU